AUGGCUAUGGCCCGUCGAAGAAUGUCCAGGGGGGAAAUGCAAAGUCCCACAUCCCCCGUCUUCCCAGUGGCACCUUUCCCGCCUCUUCCUUCGCCAGCACAUCACAGUCGAGCACCGGAAUUCUAUGGAUUCGUUGCAUGGACGUCUACAUUGCUUCUAUUCAUCGUAUUUAUAUUGUGGGCAGUUCUCCCAGAUGAAUGGAUUGUCUGGCUUGGAAUCGAGUGGUAUCCGAACCGGGAAUGGACGCUGCUACUUCCGUCUUACACCGUCCUCCUCGUUCUACUAACGUAUUUCACGUAUUUUGCGCUCGCAAUCCGCGCGACGCCAUCGUUCUCUGAAAUGAGUUCAAUCACUGAUUCAUACACGCAUUUCUUUCCUACCGCUGAUACGGACAUACACGAAGGAUAUGCGUCGGCUAGCGCACUCCCAGAAUUAUAUGAUAUGCCCAUAGGAGUGGUUAAUCGCUUGUUGUACUCUCAGAAGAAGGAUCAUCCAUCCUUCGGCGGAGGUAUACGACGCUAA